AUGUCUUCUAUUCUCGCCGUCUUCGGCGCAACAGGUGUCCAGGGUGGUUCCCUGAUCGACUACGUGCUCAAUGACCCUGAAUUGAGCCAGAAAUACCAAAUCCGCGCUAUUACCCGUAAUGUCAACUCGGAGAAAAUUGCACAACUCAAAAACAAGGUCGAAGUUGUCCAGGCUGAUGUGUCGGACCCUGUCUCGAUCGAUACAGCCCUAAUGGGAGCUCAUACAGUCUUUGCCAUGACAGUCCCUUCCUUUACCCCUGACGGUCUGGAGGUCGAAUUCAGUCACGGAAAGACAAUUGCAGACGCUGCUGUCCGACAAGGUGUCGAAUAUCUCAUCUUCAGCACGCUUCCUGGUGUCAAUGAGAUAUCCGGCGGCAAAUAUAGCCAUGUCACCCCUUUUGACGCCAAAGCAAAGAUCGAACACUACAUUCGAGAUCUCCCUAUAAGGAACGCCUUUGUAUCCUUGGGAUUUUUUAUGCAGAAUCUACACACUCAGCCAUUCCUGGGCCCUGUGCCAGCUCCGGAUGAUACCUGGGUUCUUGCCCGUCCCGCUCCUCGUACGAGUACAAUACCUUACAUCGACGCCGUCGCGAAUGUCGGAAACGUAGUCGGCUCCAUCCUUGCUGAACCUGAGAAGUACGAAGGCAAAACUUUCUGUGCCGCGGAAAGAUUAUACAGCCUAGGAGAGGUUGCGGCCCUCCUUUCGCGGUCCAGCGGUAAGACUGUUGUCUAUAAGCAGGUUACGCUUGAAGAGUUCAAGAAUAGUAUUCCGUUUGCCGCUGAUGUUUUCUCUGAUGGGUUUGGCUUCUUAGAAGAGUUUGGGGGUUACUGGGGACCUAGUUCUGAGAAAGCGGUUGAUUGGGCUGUUCAAAAUACACGUGGCAAAUUACGCUCACUGGAAGAAUACUUGGAGGCAAAUCCUAUUCAGCUCUGA